AUGAAGUGGAUUCGCCUGUCGAGCGCUGACAAAACCAACGACCUCCCUCCCAACGUGAUCGAGCGUAUCCUCAUCUUCCUGCCCGUCAAAGACGCAGCCAAAACCGCAACAUUGUCGACACAUUGGAGGCACGAGAGGAAAGACAUUCCUCAACUCAAUUUCAAUUCUGAUUUCGAUCGAAUCCAUGAAGUGAGAAAAUACGCGCCCAAUGUAAACGAAGUAGUUUGA